AUGAUCCUAGGACUCACAUCGCAGAGCCCGAUGUUCCCAACUCAGCUUUUCGCCAGUAAGGUCAAGAACCUUCAUCAGGUAAAUUUUCAUUUUGAAAAAAAAACCCUUUUUGAGCCUUAUUUAUAACUUUAUUUAAAGCAACGCCAAAAAAAGCUUUUAAGCUGACCUUCAAGUCUUGGCUUCCUCUGAAACGGAAGCCGUCGGGAGUUCUUCGAUCUGAGGUGCCGCCGGUUCUGCCGUUGGAGCUGCCGCCACUGGCUGGGUCCGACCCAAGACGUCUCACUAACACCGUCUCCAUCCGGUGAGUCGCACUCAACUUCACGAGCCUCAACAAGAAGUUGGAGAUGCUCUUGCGGUUACGAGAGACGGGACGUCGUCUGCCUUGGAAAGCUAAUGGACGAACAAGCACAGGUCGUUCUUGAUUAUAAAAAAAGAAGAAAAGUUAACCAUAGAAAUAUCAAGAAGUCAUAAAUAGAAGUAUUUUCCACUAACAUAAAAACUUGAAGCUCUUCACACUUUGCGGCGGACUUUUGGUCCUUUGUGGCAAAACUCUCGAGUGCAAUAGAUGCAGGUAAUUUUUUGAGUCGUUGUUGAAAGUCCGAAACUAAAAGAAAUCUGUUUCACUCACGAAACUUUUUCAGAAGCCUCGCCGAGGUCGUGCAGUUUUGCUGCGCUUUUUGCAACUCGCGAAAAAUCCUGACCGUGGAACAGAUUCUGCGCUCAGCGAAGCUGCAGAAGGCGGACAAGGUCCACUCGACGAUGCUCUUCGCUUAUUCGUCGAACCGCCGAAACUUCGGCCUUUUGACUCUCUGA